GCUGCUGUUGAAACUGCUUCCCAAGUCAGUACUGUGGUGGAGGUGGAGUGUACGGAUAGGAAUAAUCCACUUUUACGUCGCGCUAAUAAAAGUGUGGAACAUCCAUGCAAGACAAACAAAACUGGGACUCUGUGUGUGGAUUUCAAGAAACUAUGCGAGGUUCGUGCUGAAAAUGCACUUUUAGGUCUCUAUGGUCCCGACUUUGUGAGGUCCGAGAGGAAAGAGAAUGGGAAAGGUGCAGGUAAUCAAAAGCCAACUGUAAGUGGAGGUGGCGCUGACUCCACAUCGCAAGUUACACCAGAUGGUCAAGAAGCAUCAAGUAGCACAACAGCCAACGGGGCAACCGGUGAACAAGAACCCACCCAGCAACCUCCUGCUAGUAGUACCCAGGAGGAGCGUAUUGUUGUUGUCUUCGGAGAAGUUACACAAGACAUUUACAACAAGCACUGUGCGAAUGAUUCUGCUGAUAAUUCUGCUGUACGUAUUAAUGGGGAAACUUGUUCGGAGGUGUUAGAAUCUCUGAAGGCAAAACAGAAGGUGCCACAACCUCCUGCAACAGAAGAUGGACAAGCACCAGAAGGGAAUGACAAUGCUGAUUCAACAACCACUACUCCACAGAGCCCCGACAGCACUAACACAGAAGCACCAACCAACACUCCAUCUCCUUCAACCGAAGCACCCACCGAGCAGAAGCCGGGUAAUGCUGACAGCAGUUUCAGCCCUGUGUGGAUGCGCGCUGCGGCACCUCUGCUGAUUGUGGCUGCGUUGGUAUUGUAA